AUGGGUAUCCCCGCCGCCUUCCGAUGGCUUUCCACCAAGUACCCCAAGAUUAUCUCGCCUGUAGUCGAGGACAAGCCGAUUGUAAUGGACGAUGGCUCCGUCAUUCCUGUUGACACUACCCGUCCCAAUCCAAAUGGCGAGGAGUUUGACAACCUCUACUUGGAUAUGAACGGCAUUGUGCACCCUUGUUCUCAUCCCGAGGACCGUCCUGCUCCCGCAGAUGAGGAGGAGAUGAUGCUGGAGAUCUUCAAGUACACCGACCGCGUCGUCAACAUGGUCCGGCCGAGGAAGCUGUUGAUGAUUGCCAUUGACGGUGUCGCCCCGCGUGCGAAGAUGAACCAGCAGCGAUCACGACGUUUUCGUUCUGCCCAGGAGGCGGAGGAGAAGGCCGCCGACAAGGAGGAACUGUUGAAGAUGAUCAAGCAGCAGAACGGCGGCAUAUUGCCGCCCGAGACGCUCGAGUCGCUGACGAAGAAGGCUUUCGAUUCAAAUUCUAUUACGCCUGGCACUCCUUUCAUGGAUAUACUGGCAUUAAGUUUGAGGUAUUGGUGUGCAUAUAAGCUGAACACUGAUCCUGGUUGGGCCAAUAUGAAAAUCAUCAUAUCUGAUGCUACAGUGCCUGGCGAGGGCGAACACAAAAUCAUGAAUUUUGUCCGAUCUCAGAGAAGUUCCCCUGACCACGACCCCAAUACGAGACACGUCAUCUAUGGAUUGGAUGCCGACCUGAUCAUGCUGGGUCUUGCCACUCAUGAGCCUCACUUCCGUGUUCUUCGAGAAGAUGUAUUUGCCCAAGACAGCAGGGCCAGAACUUGCAAGAUCUGUGGCCAGAAGGGCCAUGAGGCAAGAAACUGCCGCGGAGAAGCGAAAGUGAAAGAUGGUGAGUUCGAUGAGAAGGACAAAGCUGUCCCUCUAAAACCAUUUAUCUGGCUCCAUGUCUCGGUUCUGCGGGAAUAUCUCGCCGUGGAGCUUGAUGUCCCAGGCCUUCCAUUCCGCUUCGACCUCGAGCGGGCACUUGACGACUGGGUCUUCAUGUGCUUCUUUGUCGGAAACGAUUUCCUCCCCCAUCUUCCCGCUCUUGAAAUUCGCGAAAAUGGUAUCGAUACGUUGACUGCCAUCUGGAGAGACAAUCUACCCUUUAUGGGAGGAUAUGUCACUAAAGAUGGACAUGUCGACCUCGAGAGAGCACAGUACAUAUUCGACGGACUCGCUAAACAAGAGAAUGCAAUCUUCAAGCGACGCAAGGAAUCCGAAGACCGACGAGAAGCAGGUUUCAAACGGCGUAAGUUACAAGAGCAGCAACGGUACGGCCAUGCACAGGGCGGCCGGGGUCGCGGAGGUGGAUUCGAUAGUGGACUUCCCAGCGGCCUGCCAAAGGCUCUCACGCACGACAUGGUUGUCAACCGCGCUCCAACCACAACCGAUGCUAAUGUGGCGAACAAGAGUGCUGCUGCUGUUCUCAAAAGUCAAAUCCAGGGACUGAUGCCGACCCCAGAGGCUGAGUCAACGGCAACUAACGGCAGUGCUGAAAAGGUCGCACCGGAGGCGGGAACCCCACCUUCAGCCCUAGGCAAACGAAAAGCGUCCAUGAUCGACGCGGAUGCCGCAAGUACCCCUGGAAACUCCUCCGCCUCUGGCGACGCACCAGAAGCCGAAGACAGCGUCCGGUUGUGGGAAGAUGGCUAUGCAGAUAGGUACUACGAGCGGAAAUUCCAUGUCGACCCGAAAGACUUGGACUUCAGGCGCAAGGUCGCUUGGGCUUAUGUGGAAGGACUGGCCUGGGUGUUGAGAUACUACUUCCAAGGAUGCCCUUCCUGGGAAUGGUUCUACCCAUACCACUACGCACCAUUCGCCGAAGAUUUCAAGGACAUUGCGAAGAUGGAAAUCAACUUCGAGAAGGGUAGGAUCGCGCGGCCAUUCGAGCAGCUCAUGAGUGUGCAGCCUGCCGCUUCGCGUCAUGUGCUCCCUUCCGUUUUCCACGACUUGAUGACUAGUCCCGAAAGUCCUAUCAUCGACUUCUACCCAGAGGAAUUUGAGGUCGAUCUCAACGGCAAGAAAAUGGCUUGGCAAGGUGUAGCUCUGCUGCCUUUCAUCGAUAUGCCGCGACUCCUUGCCGCGAUUAAGGAUAGGUACCCAAAGCUCAGCCCUGAAGAUGCUGCACGCAAUGAUCGCGGAACAGAGGUUCUCAUACUCUCCGAGGCUAAUCAUGAUCUCUACGACGAUAUCAUUAGUCACUUCUACUCGAAGAAACAGGGAGAUCCGAAGUACAAACUCGACCCACGGGUGAGCCAAGGUCUCUCCGGGAAAAUCGAGAAGUUGCUCGAGUAUCUUCCCCAUGGGACUUUAGAGUAUCCCUUGGAACGAAAGGGCAUGCCUAACCUAGAUGAUGAUCGAUCGCUGACAGUCAACUACGAGAUCCCAGCCAGCUCACACAACCACAAGUCGAUGCUUCUACGAGGUCUCCAACCCCCCGUAGCUGCCUUGAAUCGUAGCGAUAUUGAGGAGCUGAAAGGCAAGCUGCGAAACUCGGGACGAAGUCAUGGGGGCGCGCCUCUUGGGCGGGGCGGUUUUGACGGGAACAGAAGAGGGAGUCGUAUAAACUACGGACCAGACUCGCGACAGAAUAGGAACGAUCAACAGCCUCCAUACCAGAACAGUGGCAACAACUUUCAGAAUCCGUUCCCCGUCCCGCCUCCCGGAUGGGUACCACCGCCUCCCGGACUCGCGGGCUUUGGCAAUGGAGUACCACCCCCGCCGCCUACGGCCUACACAGGGGGUGGCCGAGAUACAUACGGAAACGGCUAUCGAGGCAACCACGGAGGUGGUUAUGGUGGAAAUCAGGGGUACGCGCCUCCGCCUCCUCACAAUGGGUAUGGCGGACACCAUAACCCAGGUGAUGGACGCGACAGACGUGAUCCCCGACCCUUUAACGGUGGCCGUGGCGGCGGCGGCGGCGGUAACGGUGACCCCCGACACUUUAUUCCUGGCGGUGGAGGUGGCUACCGAGGUGGUCGUGGCCGUGGCUACAGAUAG